AUGGCCGAAUUCACUCACGCACUGGAAUCGAGCCCCUGUCUCCUCCUCAAGCUCAGCAGCCAUCCCUUCCAAACCAUCGCGCUCCACCCACGGUCCAUCAUCUCCGAGAAGAAGAACCGAACCAUCUCCAACGCUGGAACGGCAGACGACUUCGAUCGCAACCCCUCCCUCGUUCACGAACUCGUCCUCCGCAUCGCGAACCCCGACCUCGGCCACCCCUCCAUGGACUGGAUCCGCGCGAACCGCUCUCUCGUCGACAUCCUCCUGUAUCGCCACUACCAGCGUUACGGCGGUCUGAUGCUGCCUCCGACGGCGCCGGCGCUUCAGGUCAUGCAGCAGCACGAGGCUGCGAUCGCUGCUGCUAGAGCCGCUGGUGUGCAUCCAGACAACUAUCCGCACAUCAUGUUCCCGGCUUUUGGUCCGCCGCCGCCGGGGGAGGGCGAGGUGGGCUCACCUGGAGGGAAAGGAAAGGGGAAGAUGGCGCCGGGGAAGCCGUCUGGAUCGCCUCCGGGUAAGGGUAAUCCGUUUGGCAGUAUUGGAGAUAGGGGUGGGUUUGGACGUGGAGGUCCAAGUGGUGGUGGGUAUAGCACUGCUUUGGAGGACUACAAAGACAUCGAGUACCUCCUGGCUGCUUGA